AUGGAGGUGCCACCGUCUGUGGAGAUCACCGACGGGCAGCGCCUUGAGACUGAGCAGCUGCAGGACGAGAGCAGUAUGGAUGGAGUACAGCAGACAGGGGAGCAGCAGAUUGGGGAGCAGCAGACAGGGGAGGAGCGGAUUGAGGAGCAGCAGAUGGUGGACCAGCAGCUAGGGGAGCAGCAGACAGGGGAGCCGCAGACAGGGGAGCAGGAGAUGUGGGGAAUUAGAGAUGGUGGUCGUGUGUUGGUUUCUGGGACGACCACUGCACCUGUGCGUCGCUCCACUCGCAUCACUCGUGGUGUCCCGCCUGUCGAGGCAUCCGGAGGACGCCGGCAUCAUGGUGACCCCUCUGCUAGCAGCAGCGGCGGAGGGGGGGCAGCCCGCACGACGGGCGUGGGGAGCGACGGCGCGGAGUUGAUUGCGGAGUGGCAGCGGCGAUCAGCGGAAGCGGGCGCGCACUUCUUCCCCCUGCAGCGCGCGGAAGACGCCCCCAGCAGGGAUGAGAUACACCGGCGGAUCCUCGCGCCCUCUGUGAGUGCCUCCAAAAAUUUGGAGGGACGUAUACUAUGUCUCAACAUAUGUAGCGUCAUUGUAAAUGGCCACUCGCUGUUUCCCUUCGACCUCCCCCCUCUGUGUCCUUGCACCCCUUUUUGCUCUUCCUCCCGUCAACCCCUCUCCUCCACCCUCCGUCGCAUGCCUCCCCCCACCAGCGUGUAUCCGUACUACGUGAACCUCAAGCUGGGGUCGAGGAAGCAGGAGUUCAGCAUGGCGCUCAACCUGUUCCUGCCGCACACCUUCGUGCCCUGCGACUGUCUGCAAUGCGGCUCCAUGCGCAAGGGGACCACCUACAGCAAGCCCUUCAACACGCUCUCCUCAACAACCCUCAAGUACAUCUCCUGCACCGACCAGAGCUGCCAGGGGGGAGUUGAGUUCGGUUUCUACGGCUGCAACGCUGAAGAGUUCCCCAACUACCUCAACAUCACGGGCCUGCUGCCUGGGGACGACGCUCUCUGCGUGUACGAUGCGCAGUCAGGAAGCUACGAUUACUAUGAAGGGGACUAUAAAGCUAACAACGGAACAGGGCCAUACCUUGAGUCAGUGGGGCAUGUGAUGCAGGACACGGUCUACCUCACUGCACCUGACGGUACCGAAGUCAACCGAUCCAUCACUCUUGGCUGUGGAGUGAACCAGCAAGGCUACUGGGGCAUGCAGGGGUGGCAGUACGGCUCGUGGGCAGCAGGAGGCGUGCUGGGGCUGGGGUGGUCCAGCACCUUCCUCUGGCAGCUCACCGGCGCGAAUAGCACACGCACCUUGGCGGUGUGUCUGGAGGCCACACCCACGAACGAGACGGGGUGGGAUGGCGAGCUGCCGCUGCAGACAGGCAGCAGCCAUCUCACCAUUGGAGCCACCGGCCUCCCUGCCGGCGCCAGCUACGCUACCAUCUAUGCCACCUUCUAUUCUCCCUCCUGCUCCACGCCCUCCCUUGCUCUCUUUCUCUCCCUGCCGGCACCAGCUAUGCCGCCUUCUAAUCUCCCUCCUCCUGCUCCACGCCCUCCCUUUCUCUCUUUCUCUCCCUGCCGGCACCAGCUAUGCCACCUUCUGAUCUCCCUCCUCCUGCUCCAUGCCCCCCCUCGCUCUCUUUCUCUCCCUGCCAGCGCCAGCUACUUGCGCAUGGAUUUUUGGACCGGACUGCAGUACAGCCACAUCACUCUCACCACGCCCAAGCGCGCACUCAACAUCACAGACGACCCGGCCUACGUAAACCCCACCGUCACAACCUACGUGCCGGCGAAUUUUCCUGAGAACGCCACUCCGGGGUUCCUCUUUAUGCCCGAGUCCUUCGUGCAUCUCCUGCGCUACCCUCUCUUCAUGAGCCUUCUCGACGGGCUCCAAGCCAUGACAGGCAACAUCUUUUCCGCUGCUGCAACAAGUACUUAUUAUCAGCUUCCAUGCUUCAAGAACAAGAACAAGUCUGUCGACCCGUUCACCACCUUCCCCACCAUCGACAUUGCUUUCCUCAAUCUUAGCGACACCAGCGCCACCUCCCACUUCUAUCUCAAGCCUCACGAGUACCUCGCCCAGUCAGUCACCGGCCCUUGUAAAGAGCCGGGGCUGUUCAACAAGUACCUCUCCCUCGACUAUGACAACGGAAUUGCAGGAUGGAUGGACGCCCCUCACUGUAGAGCUGAGCCUCUGCUGCCGCCACCCUCCCCGCCUCCACCACCCUCGCCUGUUUCCAGUGGGGCCACCCACUCCCUCUCUCCGCUCCCAGCAGCACUCUCAGCUGCCAUUGUCCUUGCCACCUUCGUUGCUCUGCUUGCUCUCAGCCUCCUGUAG